AUGGCUUAUUCCAUCUCGGGAGUAAACUUGACGGGGUGCGAUGCAUCUCGCGACAAGCCCCCAGUCUCGCCCCUCUGUGUUCGCGCGCAAAACCCGUUUACGCGCAGCCAGCCCAUGAGUGGCACUAUUGUUGACUAG